UCUGUAUGUUGAUUAUCAGUUGGUAUCUGUGUUGUACGGAAAGGAUAUGGCGGAUAAGCAGUUGGACGUUAAACCGGCUGAGAAAAGAGCUGUUGAAGCAUAUUCAAAAAGGAGAGUAGCAUUGCGUGAGGAAUAUAUUAAGCAGAUAACAAAUCCUCAUAGGCAUGGAACAGGAGAAGGUGGAAUAUUAUUUGACUCGGGGAUACAGAGAUUCAUGUCCAUGAGGGCAACGGAAUAUGACCACUUCAAAGCAACUCCCAAAACUUCAUUGUAUGGUUUAGGCUUCGUUGUGAUUCCCAUCAUUGCAUAUGGCUACAUGUUGAAGAGUUCUAGGGAUGCUCAAGAGCACAAGUACCGAACUGGUCAAGUUGCCUACAAGGACAGACGUUUCAAAUUUGUUUAAAUUUUCUUUCAGAUUGUAGAGAGAUACUUAUGUAAGGCUAUGUUUUGUUGCACCAUAAUAGUGAAAGUAUUAUCCAAAUAAAUACAUUUCUUCUGUAUGA